AUGUCUGCCAGCAUCUCUCCCGGCAACAGCCACAAGUACGAUACGACCGCUCCGACCAUUGGACUGCCCCGCAAGCUCCACAUGGCCAAAGAGGUCCCCAAGAUCCGCGCUCGCCGCGAGGAGCAGCGUGUCGCUCGCACGCAUACUGCCGGCAUCGAGAAGCUCCCCCCCGAGCUCAUGCUCAUGGUUCUGAAGGACCUUGACUACGACGACAUCAUCAACCUCCGUAGCACAUCGCACUCGAUGCAGGCGAUGACCUGGCCCCACGCCUCCAAGAACUACUUUACCACCAUCCGCGUCCCCCUAAGCCACGAGGGUCACGACCGCAUCGCCAUGUUCGUUGCCGAGAGAGCCGACUUUAGGGACAGCUUUACCAAGCUCGUUCUUGAGGCCGGUGUCCACAUCCCCUCCGAUGCCGACCACCCGCCUCUGACCAAGAAGGAACGCCGCAAGCUUGCGAAGUAUGCAAAGAAGGCGGAGAAGGCCAUCCAAGUCAGGAAGAAGCAGCUUGCGCUGGCUGCUGAGAGGCAGGCGCAGCGUCACGAGGCUGCUGGUACGAUGCCGGACGCCGACUACACCCCUCCUCCUGUUGUCCUCGACCCGGAUUACAUCAAGCCGCGCAAGUGGAACCGCGGCCAGAGUCUGCCGACGGCCUCCCAGAAGAACGCCGACACCCACAAGGGCAGGCUGUACGGAGCCCGUGUCAUCCGCAAGUGCCUGGAGCUGCUUCCCUCCAUCACCGACAUCACCAUCUACCACAACGUCGAGGGCAUCAAGCAGCGCGAGCGCCCCAUGUGGGUCAACGACCACUGCACCGCGUCCGCUGAGGCUGAGGCCCUGCUCGUCGCCCUGGCCGACCACCCGAUGCCCAAACUCAAGCGCCUGCACCUGGCCAGCAGCCACUUCGACCGCAACUGGAACGAGGGCCUCAUCAUGCUGGCCAACCUCGACAACAUCCCGAACAGCAAGCUCGCCGCGCUGGCUCCAACCCUCGCCAACCUCGAGGCCUUUGGCCUCUCCAUCAACACCAACACCCUCGACGACGUCAGCGACGCCGCGUACGGCACCGUCUCCCAGCUCUUGCGCAUGAUGCCCAACCUCACGUCGCUCGAUGUGGCCGUGUCCAAGCGCAGCAGGAAGGUUUAUCCCACCGAGAUCUUCCGCAACAUCGUCCAGAACGUCCCGUGCCUCCACAAGCUCGAAAACCUCACCAUCCACGAGUGGCCGCUCGAGCAGCCGGCCUUCAAGGCCUUCAUCGCCAAGCACCGCAAGACGCUGGAGACCCUGAGCCUCGACCGCAACCGCCUCUACCACUCGUUCACGCCUGGCGCAGAGAACAAGUCAAAUGCGGGUAACUGGCCCGUGCUUGUUGAAGAGAUGAAGGACAACACCAUGUUGUGUGUCCAGGAGAAGAUGACGCUGGAGCACAACGAUCCCUCGCUCAUGAGGAAGCUGUUCCUACGCAAGAUGACGGAAGAGGAGAAGAAGAAGAAGGGAGAGGCCACGGAAGACACUGACACGAUGGACGUCUGA